GGCCCAGUGAUUUUUGUGCUUCGUGCUCCCAGUGAUCCCCAUGGCCAUGGUGCUUCAAGUGGCCCUGUUGGUCGCUGGAUGCGCCGCUGGAUCCUCAAUUCCGGCGGACCAUUUGGGUGCGCCACAUAAGUGGGUGCCGGCCGAGCAGUGCAGCUUUGCCAAUCCACCAGUGGUGCCAUACUAUUGGGAUCCAAAUUGCACCAAUGAUCUCACCUCACUGGGCUGUUGGGCAGAUGGUGUCCAUGCAGAAUGCCGCUUUUGUGGAGAAGAACCUUAUACUGGAGUCCAUUGCCCACUCGAGAGUAUUACCCCAAGCAAGCAAUGGUGCCAAUUUGAUGAGGCUCCAGUGGUCCCGUUCUUCUGGGAUCCCAGCUGCAAGCAAGGGAUGCUGGGAUGCUUUGCUGAUGGCAAGCACCUGGGCUGCAGGUUCUGUGGUGAAGGUAACUACUCUGAGGUUGAGUGCCCCUCAUCAACCUGCUCCUUUGCCAACGAGCCCGUCACGCCUUACUAUUGGGACCCCUUGUGCCGCAUGGGGAUGUUGGGAUGCAAUGCUGACGCCAUUCACGUGCAGUGCCGCUUCUGUGACUACAAGCCAUUUCACACCGUGCGGUGCCCCAGUAGGGCACGACCUCCCUACCCGGAUGGAAAGUGUUGGUUUCCCCACGGCACGAGCCAAAGCUAUAAGUGGGACCCCAGCUGCAAGUGGGGCAAGACUGGCUGCUGGGCCGAUGGUGUCAAUGCUCACUGCCGCUACUGUGGACCAGGGUCUGGCGGGGUGUAUGAAGGCAUUAGCUGCACUGAGAAUUCUCUCUUUCCAUAGGCCACCAGAGGGCUAAAAUUUGGGGAGGUGCACAGCAUUGAGGCCACAAUUGCUUCGUGCUCACUUCUGCAUACUGGCAGAACAGCAGGAGGCGAAAUGCUGGCAUACAGUAAUUCAAUAUAAUUCAUUGCAUCUUUUGAGUCUCAAAUACAAUCUGAGACACGAUACACUCCAAAGGAUGUUCAUCGUACAGACCCCAGACAUCCGGCAGAGAUCCCCCAAGAUUUUGAGGACCCAUAAGGGUGUUGUGAGAUAAUCUGUCUCGCCAAACUGGGCGAUCUUCGCCAUUGUACUGGACGUUGCAGCUCCAGUGCUGCAUGAUUCCAGAAGCUCGACUGGCAAAAUUGCCAAUGGCCCAGAACAAAGGGGAGAAAAA